UUUAUUAUUCAGCUCAUUCAUCUGCAUUCUACAAACAGGAGAAGAUGAAAUGCCUUGCCGGUGUAGAAUUAGGUGGAACUACAUGUGUUGUGGCAAUUUCUGAUGUUAAAAAUCCAUUAGCAAUUCUACAUCGUGAAGAAUAUAAAACUGAACAGCCGAAAGUCACACUCAAUCGACUAGUUUCUUGUCUACAAGAGUUUUUGGUAAAGUAUGAUCUUCAAAGCUACGCAGCGAUCGGGAUAGCUUCGUUUGGUCCUAUAGAUCUUUGCACGGACUCUGAUACAUACGGAUUUAUUCUAAAAACGCCUAAAUUAUCUUGGCAAAAUGUUGAUGUUUUAGGCACAUUUAAGAAAUCAUUUUCGGGGGUGCCUAUCAACAUCGAUACAGACGUGAAUGCCCCCGCAGCCCUUGAGGCAAGCAUAUCUGAAUGUAAUACCGCCGUUUACGUAACAGUUGGUACGGGCGUUGGUAUUGGAGUUUAUAUAAAUGGCGCACCUGCGCAUGGGCUUUUACACCCUGAGGCAGGUCACAUGACCUGCUUUGCAAAGUCAGAUGACGACUAUAGUGGAUGUUGUCCUUUUCAUGGUAAUUGCAUCGAAGGGAUGUUAUGCUCAACAGCUCUUGCCGAAAGGGCUGGAAUCCAUCCUUCGCAACUUCAUAGUUUACUUGAUGUUCAUCCUGUAUGGGAGAUUGCUGGAUUCUAUCUCGGUCAGUUGUGUGUAAAUCUUUUGUAUACGGUUUCACCCGAUUUUAUUGUGUUGGGCGGAGGUGUGAUGGCACGAGCCGUGCUGUUCGAUAUUUGUCGAAAGAAUUUCAAAACUCUUAAUGGGGGUUAUGUUGAUGUUGGUGAGCUUUUGACCAAUGAUGGUUUGAAGAAUUACAUUCGGCCCAGUACUUUUGGAGGUGAUGCUGGGAUUGUGGGAGCAUUGAUGUUGGCUAAAUUUGCCAAGUAAUUUCAGUCCAUAAAAUUUCAAUCCAAUUUCAAUCCUUAUUCAAACGCAUAUUAAUAAUGAUCAAUGGCACAUAGCUGACAAUCAAAAUCAUAAUUUUGGUAAAACAAUACAUAAAGCUAUUUAUUAUAUUAAUUUAUAUAGAGAUAGAGAAUUGAUUUCUUAGAGGUAUUUAUUGUAAUUUAAAAGAUCUAAUCUUUUGUGGCAGUCAUAUGAGUGUGGCCCUGUGAAAUCUAAUGUAAUUUUCAUUAACUUGUCUUUGAUAAGAGGAAAUUUGAAAAAUUCCUAAAAAAACUUUUCCUCAUUUUUGAUAGAAAUUACAACAUUUCAAAUGUUUGUGAGAUCUAUCCUAGCAGUCGGCAAAGUGGUGAGUUUUGACGAAAAAAAUUACACAAAGCAUUGGAACUGAGUGAAAGCAAAAA